AUGAGUUGCAGACAGUUCUCCUCGUCCAGCAGGAGCCGCAGGAGUGGCGGCGGGGGUUAUGGGGGCAGCUCUAGAUCCUCCUCAAGCCGCUUCAGCUCCUCGGGAGCUGGAGGAGGGGGGAGCCGGUUCAGCUCUACCAAUAGCUAUGGCGUGGGGACCUCUGGGGCCUGUGGGAAGGGAGGCGGUGGCAGUUUCAGCUCCAGUUAUGGCAGAGGGUCUGGGGGUGGUUCUAGUGUUGGGAGUUUUACUGGUGGCCUUGGUGGAGGUUCCAGGAGCUGUGGGGGUGGCUUUGGUGCUGGUGUUGGAGGCUUUGGGGGAUCCGGGGGCUUUGGGGGUGGCAUCGGUGGUGCUGUUGGAGGCUUUGGGGGGCUUGGGGGCUUUGGGGGUGGCAUCAGUGGUGCUGUUGGAGGCUUUGGGGGACUUGGGGGCUUUGGAGGUGCUGUUGGAGGUGGAGAUGCUGGCAUCCUGCCUGCUGAUGAGAAGACCACCAUGCAGGAACUUAACAGCCGGCUGGCCUCCUACUUGGAUAAGGUGCAGGAACUAGAGAAGGAAAAUGCUGACCUGGAGACUAAGAUCCGAGACUGGUAUGACAGGCAGGGGCCCAAGAAUGUCAAGAAGGAUUACUCUGGCUAUUAUGAUACCAUCGAAGAUCUGAAGAACCAGAUUGUAAAGAUCACGGUGGAAAACAACAAGAUUUUAGUGGACAUUGACAACAGUCGCAUGACCAUGGAUGACUUCAGGAUGAAGUUUGAGAUGGAGCAGAGCCUGCGACAAGCAGUGGAGGCUGAUAUCAAUGGCCUGCGAAAGGUGCUGGAUGAUCUAACCAUGCAGAAGUCUGACCUGGAGAUGCAGUAUGAAUCUCUGCAGGAGGAGCUGGUGGCCCUCAAGAAGAAUCAUGAGGAAGAGAUGAGCCAGUUGUGUGGGCAGAGCACCGGGGAUGUCAGUGUGGAGAUGAAUGCUACUCCUGGUGUGGAUCUCACUAAGAUCCUCAAUGAAAUGCGCGAGGACUAUGAGAAGCUCAGUGCCAAGAACCGAAGCGACAUUGAACAGCAAUACGAGACUCAGAUGAGACAGAUUGAGCAGGAAGUGACGACCUGUAGCCAAGAGGUGGAGUCCAGCAACAAGGAGGUGACCAAGCUUCGGCACACCAUCCAAGAGUUGGAGAUCGAGCUGCAGUCUCAGCUCAGCAUGAAAUCGGCCCUGGAGAAGUCCUUGGAAGAAACGGAGAACCGCUACUCUGGCCAAUUGCAGCAGAUCCAGGGGCAGAUCAGUAUCCUGGAGGGCCAGCUCACUGACAUUCGGGCAGAGAUUGAGUGCCAGAAUCAGGAAUACAGCCUUCUACUCAGCACCAAGAUGCGGCUGGAGCAGGAAAUCAAGACCUACUGCAGCCUCCUUGAGGGCGGCCAGGCGGAUUUUGAAUCUCACGGAGGUGGACAGACUGGCUUUGGAGAUGGCAAAAGAAGUGGAUGUCAAGGUGGAAGUGGAAGCAGUUAUGGAAGAGGAUCCAGGGGAGGAAGUGGAGGCAGUUGUGGGGGAGGAAGUGGGGGCAGCGCUGGUGGAGGAAGUAGCUCUGGAGGAGGAAGUGGUGGCAGCUGUGAAGAAGGAAGUGGAUCUGGAGGAGGAAGUGGAAGGACAUCCCAGUCCCAGUCCUAUUCCUCAAAAUCUGGCAGCUGUGACCCACAAGGCCACCAGACACGAUACUAGAGCCCUUGCAAACUUUCCCAGCCCCACCCCAGCUGAGCAUCCCCCAGAUGGGCAGACUCUGGAUAAAGCCUGCUCAUUGCAUUGCAACACUGGGAAUAGCUGGCAACAAGCCCUGAGACCCAUUUGGGACGGGGCUCACUUGGCAUGUGUGCCUCUGGCUGUCCAUUGGCUCCCUCCUCUGGGAGGGUUGGGGAGACCUCUCUCC